AUGAUGGAGUAUCCAGACGCCAUGGAUCAUAUCGAGAUCCCGAUCAUUGAUACAGAAGAUUUCAUCUCCAUGGCAGUGGGUGACAUGGAGUACUCCUUCGAGCAGAUGCGAUUUGGCUCCCGAGGACAUCGUCUAAGACAACUCGUCCAUGCUCUGGCCCAGGACAGUCACAACCCAUUUAUCAUUGUUGCCUUGAUGAUCUUGAAGUGGAACUUCAGUAGCGCCGUUGAUGAUGACUGGGGCCUGAAUGAAAGUCGGGGAGCAGCCUGUGAGUUUGUAGCCUGGCAAUUCCUAUGUCAUCUGAACCAGCACGAGACCAUCGAGUUUUUGCUUGAAGAGCUACCACAGCCCCGGCGGCACUCCACGAAUCUUUUCGAGGUCGAGCGUGGGGAUUCACAGUAUCCACGCACGGGAGAGUCGGAAACGACUCCAUUUCUCUCAGGAUCAUCAACGCCUAUCAGUCGUCCUUCGCUGAGGAGACAAACCGUGGAGCGUGGCAACAACGGAGAACGCUCGCAUAGCGCUCACCCGGGACUUAUUGAUACCACUCCAUAUACACGUUUUUUCGGGUUGAAUGCAUUGGAAAUUGCAGCAAUCGCUGAAGCCAAAAGAUUUCUGAGUCAGCAGGUAGUCCAGCGUGUGGUCAACGAUAUUUGGAACGGAGAGAUCGUUUUCUGGGAGUCUCUUACUGUUCAUUCCAAGAAAAAGCCGCAUAUUUUCAACCGAAGAGCGGCUGACCCGUAUUCACGCUUGAGGGUACCUGUGUAUCGGAAGAUGUUUGAAGCAGGGUUCUUUCUGUCGUUUCUUCUUCUGUACUACUCGGUCCUUGUGGAGCGAAAGCAGACUGGCAUUGGAUUCUUUGAAACGUUGAUGGAUAUCUGGAUUGCCGCAUUUGCCUAUGACGAGCUGAGCGGAAUCAUGGAUGCAGGGGUGCUCUUCUACCAGAUGGACUUUUGGAGCCUCUGGAAUCUGGGCAUCAUCGGGGUUGGAUUUGCAUUCAUCAUCGCUCGAACCAUCGGGCUUGCCAAGGGUGACGAUUAUGUUCUCAAUAUCUCAUUCGAUGUUCUCUCCCUGGAGGCUCUUUUUCUCGUGCCAAGGAUCUGUUCGCUCGUGAGCCUGAACUCAUACUUCGGCAGCCUAAUUCCGGUUCUGAAGGAGAUGCCCCUCUGGACAACUGAAACAUCCUCUGACGCCCGGGGGUGGAUCACUGCAGGGUUCUUGACGACGUUCACCAUGCUCGCCCGUGACCGCCUGUCCCUCAAGGAAAUGUCGUGGAUGCUAGUGAAGGUGUUCUUCGGAUCGGGCGCACUGGGAUUAGACAGCGCGUCUGAAAUCUCUCCGAUCUUCGGCUACGGCUUGAUGUUAAUUUUCGUCUGUAUGACCAAUAUUUUGCUGCUCUCCUCGCUGAUCAGCAUGAUGAGUAUGAGUCUCGAAGGGAAUCUCAUCCCUCUGCUGUGCAUUCGCCCCAUGCGCUUGUUCCUGUCUGCAGAAGCAGUUCGCCGAGUGCGCAUCAUCCUCCUGCGAGCGACCCAUCUCCCAUUUGUGAUGCUCAUCUGGACCUACGAGUCCAGCCGACGGCGUCUUCAGCACCGUCCGACCAGUCGCCUGUCCCCGGUACCGUCACCAAGCACAAGUACUUCUGCUAGCGAGCCGGCUGUUUCCAGAUGUCAGGACCCACUGCACCCCUCCGUAGUCGAAGCAUAUCGUCGCACAAGUCUUUCAAAUGGACCAAAUGUGGAUCGGCGUGAUCAGCACGACGGACAGGACUCAGGCUCAGCACGAACCUAUCAGGCACAGAUGAUGGAGAUGAUUGCAUCCAUCGAACGUCUUCGAGCGCAAGUGGAGCGCGCUACAGCAAACAUAGAAGCGCAGCAGAGCAAAUAA